AUGCAAUUAUCAUGCUGGGAUGCAUCCAUCACGGAGCGGACAUCUAACCAACUACUUGAUAUGUGCCCUGUGGUUUCGAGCCGGCUUCCAACAGAAUUAUGGGAGCACAUAAUUGAUCUCAGCGCAGACGACGAAGAGGACGACCACCACGACCGCUCCAUGCGAUGGCUUGGCCGAGUGUGUCAUGGGUGGUAUGUCCGAUGUCGCCUUCAUUAUGACAAGAGAAUCAGAAAGCGGCUCGUGGACAAGAAGCAAGUGUAUCGCCUGAUCAGUGCGCUGAGCGAGCACCCCGAGCGAUGCCACGCCAUCAAAGCGGUCUUGUUCGAUUUUGGUGGGAAGCCAAUUGGCCCCUUUGGGUCAUUUGCUGUGCGGAUGAUGCAAAAGCUGCCUCAAGUCGAGCAGCUCACACUCGAAAGGUGCACAUGGGAGACUGGGCAGCUGCCCACGCAGGUUUUCCUCCACGUCACUCUCGCAUUUGGGUCGGUGACCAAGCUCGAACUCUUUGAUGUGAUCUUCCCAUCUGCGGUUGUGUUUGGGCGGCUUGUGCGUGUGCUGCCCCACCUCUCUUCCCUCAAGUGUAGUUCUGUGAAGUUCAAGAAAGGCUGCCAUGUUGCGGGUGCGGUGCGCGUGCCAGGCUCUCUCCGACUCGACACCGCCGAUCUGGAUCACAGUGAUGAUGUGAUGGACUUUCUCGUGCUGAUCGGCGCACAUCUUUGCCAUUUCACCUACAAGGGGCCCGAGCCGACGAAGCUGUCGGAGCUGUUUGCUGUUUCCGCCGAGUCGCUCUUGUCUCUGAGUGUUUCGUAUUUUAGUUAUGAUGUCUGGAUAGAUCUCACGCCUGCUGCCAACUUGCGUGUCCUGUCGUUCUAUUGUGACCUGGACGACUUUACGAGUGUAGCAAGCCUCUUGUUCCUCACGUCUUUACCGAAGCUAGUCGAGAUCACCAUGAGAUCGUUGCUACCCAUUGAUUACACAUUCGUCGACGUCCAAAAUUCACACGAUUUACUCGAUAAUGGUUACUUCGCACUUCUGGACCGCAUCCUUUCCGGCAAGCAGUUCCCCGCCCUCCGCAAAGUCACUUUUCUCCUUCACGUUGAUGUCCAAUAUGGCCAUGACGUGAAGGACGCUGUAUCCGAAGGCUCCUGGCGCACACUACUCUCAUCAAGGUUCCCAGCACUUCAUGCCAGUGGUCGCCUUUUGUCUCCUGUGACCCUCGAUGUCUGGGAACCCGAGCCUCGAGGUUGGGACUGA